AAAGAAUACCUAACGCUCAAAAAAGCCCCUCAACCUUAUAUGAUACAGCCGCCAGUAUAUUACCCAUUCCCGUUCAUUUUCUGCAAACCCUAGUUUCUCUCUCUGUAUCAAAAUCAUCAUUCAAAUUCGAUUCAAAGCUGAUAGUAAUGACCGGCGGUACAGAUGUUACGGAGAGUAGUUUAUCAUGUGUUAAAUGCGGAAAACCUGCUCAUCUUCAGUGCCCUAAGUGUGUUGAGUUGAAGCUUCCUCGUGAAGGUGCUUCUUUCUGUACUCAGGACUGUUUUAAGGCAUCUUGGAGUUCUCAUAAAGCAGUUCAUUUGAAGGCAAAGUUGUCGUCGAUUGGAUCGAACACGCCAUGGGAAAGUGGUAUAGCUUCUCCGAGUGAUGGUUGGUUGUAUUGUUUGAGGAAAGGACAGUCGCGGACAGCGCAAAUGCCUCAUUUUGACUGGACAGGACCAUUAAGACCAUAUCCCAUAUCAAAAAAGCGUGUAGUACCAGCAGGCAUUGAGCUACCCGACUGGGCAGUUGAUGGAAUUCCAAAAAUCGAGCCUGCUAGUGAUCUGCAGCAUGUUGUUGAGAUUAAAUCUGCAGAGAAAAUUGCGAGAAUGAGAGAAACUAACCGAAUAGCAAGGGAAGUUUUGGAUGCGGCUGCACGUGUUGUGCGCCCUGGUGUGACCACCGAUGAAAUUGAUGCUGUGGUUCAUGAAGCAACCAUUGCCGCUGGAGCAUAUCCAUCUCCAUUGAAUUAUCAUUUCUUCCCCAAGUCUUGCUGCACGUCUGUUAACGAAGUAAUCUGCCAUGGGAUUCCAGACGCAAGGAAAUUAGAGGAUGGAGAUAUCGUGAACGUUGACAUAUCCCUUUAUUAUAAAGGGGUCCAUGGUGACUUAAAUGAAACCUUUUUUGUUGGUAAUGUGGAUGAGGCAUCUCAACAACUGGUCAAAUGUACUUAUGAGUGUUUGGAAAAAGCAAUAGCUAUCGUCAAACCUGGAGUACGCUUUCGUGAAAUUGGGGAAAUUAUAAAUAGACAUGCGACGAUGUCUGGUUUAUCAGUGGUGAAAUCCUAUUGCGGGCAUGGUAUUGGAGAUCUCUUCCAUUGUGCACCAAACAUACCCCAUUAUGCCAGAAAUAAAGCAGUUGGUGUGAUGAAAGCUGGACAGACCUUCACUAUUGAACCUAUGAUAAACGCUGGCGUGUGGCGUGAUCGGAUGUGGCCUGAUGGCUGGACUGCUGUUACUGCAGAUGGCAAACGCAGUGCUCAGUUUGAACAUACCCUUUUGGUAACUGAGACUGGAGCGGAAGUUCUUACGGCACGACUUCCCACAUCUCCCAAGGUUUUCCCGUGGUUAAAUUAACAGCGGGCAUGUUCUGUAUUGUUAAAAAGGUUGAUUUGAGCAGACGAAACAUUUAUUAUGAGAUGUAUUAAUUUUGGGUAUGAAGAGUGAAAAGUGGGAGAGGUUUAUAUUAUAUAUGUGACAUGUAUUAAUAAUGAGGUGAUUUGGGAAUUUUGGUUUCAAAUUCAUCUCUAUUUAAACAAUGGUUUGGAUUUAUUUAGAUUA